UCCUAAGGAUAUGAAUUCGCAUAAAAAUUCAUAAUUUACUAAUUACUAGAUUGCGAGUUUUUAUGCAUUUAUACGAAAUUUGGAAUUUCAAAAUUGCACGGAAUGCACAUAAUAUGAGAAAAUAUAUGAAUUGUCCAAAGUAUAACACUCUCUGUAACACUUGGUAGAUAAAGCAAUUUUCUAUUCUACUUCUCUAAUAAAAUUCUCAAAAAUAUAAAUUUAGCCAAAAAUCCGCAGUUUACUAAAUAUGUUGAUUUGAAUAUUGGCGCGAUACACGCUACCGACAGAGAUACCAACCGUAAAUACAACACAAACGUUGCGUCAUAUUGCGCACUGUGUUCCGAGUAGUGUGUCGCGAAUCUCGUUUUCGAAAGAAGCACGCACACACAUGCCGCGUCGUGAAAUCAAACCAUCGGCCCGGGAAACAACAGUGCAUAAAUCACAAGCGACAAUUCACAGUGUUCGUCGAAUGAAAACAGUUUUGGCGCGUGUGGUUGCGUACGUGUCGCGUGACUGUCGAUUCACGUAUCUGUGCGCGCUCGGUAGGUCAAAAUGGCGUGAACCGACUGUGCGAUUUUAGGUUAUCUUUGCUCGUGACAAACCACCGCAAGUCUAGAAAACAAAGACGCCUGUCCGUUCCUCAGUGGUAUCCUUUCUUUCGAGAGCUCACCGAAAUCCUCCACGUGCGUUUUCGGGUUCAAGUUACAUGAGUUAUGAGGACGGAAUGCCCGCAGGCGGUAACAGUCGUUUCCGCGGUUACCCAGCGCGGAUGUCCGAGCGACAACAGCUCGCGCUUCUUCUUCAAAUGACCUCCCAGGAAAUAGCAUCAGGCGGAAAUCGAACAGAGAACACAACUGCAUCAAAUACUACUUCAAGGUCAUCAACAUUGCAACAGCGAGGGUCAAAAGGCCGCUGGACGAGCAAAAAUGGGGAAUCGGCAGUUCAGGCGUCUAUCAAUCGUAAAGAAGAUUUUCGAGUGCGGCAGAUGCUCGUGAAUGGUUAUGAUAUCAAUGCUAAGGAAGGAAAUGAUAUUACAGGUGUGAGUUCACCUGAUGAAAAUACAGCAAUUGCUCCUGAUAGCCCAUGCUCUCCGGCUGAAACAAGCGCAUCAGCGCCGUCAAAGGAACAAGAACAAGAGCAACAGCAACAGCAGAUUUACGAUCACCAUUCUCAAUUUCAACAACAGCAGCAACGUACGACCGGAAGUGCGCCAGCCGCUGCACCGCACGUUGCUGAGGACAGUGGAGCCCCCUGUGAGAUGCGGAGGACACCACCGCAAAAUAAAGUCGAUAGAUCGGGAACCGGGCAGUCUGGAAGCUCGCCGAGGGUGACGCUUCGGCUCAACCAGGUGCGAGGAGCGAGGGAUGAAAAGAAAGGAGGGGGUGCUACUAACUCCCGUCAAGGCGGCAUAAACGCACAAAAUCAAGGUCAAAUGGAAACUUCGUCGAAGACGUCGUCAAACGUCUCGUCAGGGACCGUGAAUGCCGUCUCGGGCUCCAGUACCUCUGGAAACACAUCAUCUACCGGUGACAGUGGCGACGUGUAUGAAUUCAAAAGUUCGAAAGAGCCAACACCAGUUAGGGGUGCAAGCUCGUCGCCGAAUCCUAAUCCCGAGAAAGAUAAAGAUGGUAACAAGUCUGCUAACAAUCAAGGGAGUCAGAGUAGUGGUAACAACGUGUCUACUGCUGGUAGUGCGACAACAUCUUCUGGUGAAACAACGACCGCAUCGAUUACUACCGAUGAUGCUCCUGCGGUUUCAGCGUCGCCUUCGUCUAAGCGCGCGUUUGAAAGCGACAAUGCGGAGGAACAGGACGAAGAGAUUCGUCGGAAGAAACGGAAAGAUUCAGAACCUGCGAAAGAAAAUUUAAAAGGCACCACCACUGGAAGACAAAGCACUGGUAGAAAUUCCGCUAAUACUGGAGAAAAGUGUACAAAGUCGGGAAAACAAGGAUCUGGCGCAACAUCGAGCAAGAACAAUCAAAACACAACUUCGAUUAGUACGGACAGAAAAAGUCCAAGUACUUCUUCAAUGGCAAGUAGUCCAAAGCCUUCGAAUCCGUCUGGUUCAACGAUUAGCUCUAAAACAACAACACCAGGACCUCCAGAAUCCGAUGGUGAGGACGAUCGGUCAAAAGGAUCAGAUUCCAAUUCAGCUCCUAAAGUACCACCUUUGAAAAUAGUUAUUCCACAAAGUACUACGUCCGAGCAAGAGCAAGGCAAUAGAAACGGAAAGAGCACAUCUAAUAGGAGUCAUCAGUUGCCCUAUGUAGUUGCCAGUUCUAACAGUAAUGAUUCAACGGAUAAAGAACAAAGUCAAUCCACUAGUGGAACAACGAGUCCUACAGAAAGCGGAAAUAAUACAAAAAAUGAGGAUAAGAAAGAUUUCAGUGGUGCCUUACACGGGGAAGAAAGAUCAACGCAUCACCAAAGAGUGUUGAGAAGUUCACAUAGAUCCGGUAAUGGGAGUAAUGGAUCAGCAACCUUGAAAGAAACCUCCUCUUCUUCAGGAAAUGGAAGUUAUUCGAACUCGUCUCCAUUACCAGUAACUACUUCGACAGAUCGUUCCAAUAAUUCAUCACCACAACAGAGGCAUCAUUCACCAACACCUGAAACUCCUGGUUCUGAAUCGAAUAAAAAUACCUCAACGGAAGUCUCAAAUUGCGGCACGACUUCAAAAACAAACAUUAUGACAGAAAAAUCUGAGAAAAACAACGAAAUUAGUGGAAAAUGUCAAAAAGAUAGCGGUACCGAAAAUUCUGAGAAUACUUCUACUACUACCUCAUCGACGACGUCAAAUGUAGGCACUCCGGCACCACCGGUUGAACUUCAUCCUAGAAAAAGAAAAAUGAAACCUAAUAAAGAAGCACAACAAGCUGCUACCGCUGCCUCUAAUGAAGCAUCUGAAGCAACAAAUACGGGUCCAGAAGUUCAUCCACAUGAUCAACCAAUUACUAAUUGUUAUCAGUUGUUUUUAAACAUUAGAAAACAGAUCGAACGAAGAAGAAAAGGCCUUUUUCCAGUUCAACCAAAACCACCUCAGGGUUUUAAAGAUUAUUUAAUGAAUCGUUGUACAUACGUGUUAGCUGGGAAUGCAAAUAAAGAGCCCAACGUUAAUCCUCCGGUUGGAUUGCAAGGCGCUAUGAAGGACUUGUAUAUUGAACAAGAAAAAGAGAGAUAUCGUCUUAGAAUGCAGCAUGUUGUUGAAAAAGAAAAGCUAGUUUUAUCGGUAGAACAAGAAAUCCUUAGAGUACAUGGCAGAGCUGCUAGAGCUCUAGCCAAUCAAUCCCUUCCCUUCUCUGUUUGUACGAUAUUAAAGGAUGAGGAAGUUUAUAAUGUUAUUACUCCAGAACAAGAAGAGAAAGAUAGAAACGCAAGGAGUAGAUACAAUGGUAGAUUAUUCUUGAGCUGGUUACAAGAUGUAGAUGAUAAAUGGGAAAAGAUUAAGGAAGCAAUGUUACUCAGGCAUCACAAUGAAGCUGAAUCAUUACAUGCUGUACAAAGAAUGGAUUGGGAAUGGAAAUUAAAGGAAGUUGGAUUAUGUGAAUUCAAAGCAACACCACAAAUAGAAGAUAUUCAUGUUCCGAUGGUACAUGUUUCAGAUGACUUCGAUUUACUCCCAGCUUAGUGUAUAGUGAUUACAAUUGACUCGAGACGUUUCGCUCAUUCCUUUGAAAUAAUCUCGAAGGAUAUACAUAAUUAUAAUCUGUGAUCUCUUUAAUAAUGUAUUUGCCGUUCUUGCACGGUUACCAAAUUGCAUUGUACUGCUCUUAAAACUAUCGUUACACAAGGAGGCUAUAUUUAAAAAACAUUUGACUUUAAUUAGAUUAUGUAUUACAUUAUAUUUAUAUCUUUAACUAACUUUUCAAAAUUUAUGUACCACAUUAUAUAAAUUAUUUUUGUUUACGUUUAAUACUUAAUAUGAUUUAUUGACGCAUUAUACAAUUAAAAGGAUGAAUACAUGAAAAUUAUAUCAUCGGAUGAUUUGCAACAUUUUACAAAUUCAAUAACUGUACAAUCUCAUGCGUUAGUAAUUUGGUACUGUAUUUUUUAAUAUACAGUCUCUCGUAAUAACGUAUAUAUUUUGUACCUAGCAACUUAUAUAGUGCUUUUAAAUAAUGUAUAAAAAUUUAGAUUAAAAAGCCGUGUAAUAAAUAAAACUAUACUUGUCAAAUUA